AAAAAAUUUAGAAUUUGUCCACUUCCCCUUUACCAGAAUUCUUCACUUAAACAGUACCCUCAUUUUGUCAAAACCCACUGUACCUUAUCACAUCCAUUCUGUUACUUCUCCAAAAUCUGUAGAAAGUCCACCCAAAGAUUUCACAAUUCGACUAACUGCCUUUACUCAAAAAUCUCUUCUUUAAUUUUUGAUAGCCAUUGUUUCUCAUUGCAAAGCCUUUGGGUGUGUCAUUUUUUUUUGCCUUUUUGUCUAUCUCUGCUGCCAAUCCUGCCAUUGCAUUGUUGUAUCCUGUUAUAUUCCCACCCCAUCACUAAUUCUUGAAAUAGUAGAGAUUUCUUCAUUUUGACAUGUUACAGUGUUAAUCUCUGUUUGGUUAUAGUGCGCUUCAGGUGUUCUAGUGGAUCAUAUGAGUUGAGUGAAUGAAACUGUGAAAUUAAAUAUCUUUUCUGGCUUGGAAGUUGGAACUAGUGGAGUUUCUUGUGUUGAGGACACUGAGAUAAAAAGGGUAUUUGGCUAACUCUGUGUCUGGUAGAAAGGGGUUGGAGAUGGCAUCACCUCUAGGUGGGGAUGAUAUAACUAUAAGCCGGCGGACAAUGAGUAGAAGUAGAGUGACUAGUCUCAGAUCCGCUAGUUCAAGGAGCCUAGCUUCUGUAAGUCUUAGGGAAGUGUUUGCUGCACCAGGAGGGGAUGUAUUCCAGAGAAGUGCCAGAGAGAAUGAUGACGAAGAAGAGCUCAAGUGGGCUGCUAUAGACAGGCUUCCUACAUAUGACAGGUUGAGGAGAGGGGUCUUGAAGCAAACGUUGGAUAAUGGAAAAGUUGUGAAUAAAGAAAUUGAUGUUCACAAUCUUGGGAUGCAAGACAAGAAGUGCCUCCUGGAAAGCAUCUUGAAGGUUGUGGAAGUUGAUAACGAGCGCUUCCUUACAAGACAAAGAAACAGAACUGAUAGGGUAGGAAUUGAUAUUCCAAAAAUUGAAGUGCGGUAUCAGGAUCUAUCCAUAGAAGGAGAUGCAUAUGCUGGAUCUAGGGCAUUACCUACUUUAUUAAAUGCUACCAUUAAUGUGGUAGAGAGUUUUCUCGAAAAGGUAAAGAUUUUUCCAUCAACAAAAAGAGCAGUCCAGAUACUCCGUGGUGUGAAUGGAAUUAUAAAACCUUCAAGGAUGACACUACUUCUUGGGCCUCCUAGCUCUGGUAAAACCACAUUCUUGAAAUCACUUGCAGGAGUAUUGGACAAGGACCUUAGGGUUGAGGGUAAAAUCACUUAUUGCGGUCAUGAGAUGUCAGAAUUCAUUCCUCAAAGAACAUGUGCUUAUAUAAGUCAACAUGACCUCCAUCAUGGAGAGAUGACAGUAAGAGAGACACUGGACUUUGCUGGACGUGCUUUAGGGGUUGGAACUAGAUACGAACUUCUCACUGAAUUGUCCAGGCGUGAAAGGGAUUCAGGGAUUAAGCCUGAUCCAGAGAUUGAUGCAUUCAUGAAGGCUACUGCUAUUGCAGGCCAGGAAUCUAGUUUAGUCACUGACUAUGUCCUUAAGAUUCUUGGUCUGGAUAUAUGUGCUGAUAUAAUGGUGGGUAAUGAGAUGAUGAGGGGUAUAUCAGGGGGGCAGAAGAAGCGUGUCACCACAGGAGAAAUGUUGGUUGGUCCUGCAAAAGUGUUUUUCAUGGAUGAAAUCUCAACUGGUCUUGACAGCUCCACCACUUUCCAAAUUGUCAAAUACAUGAGGCAAAUGGUCCAUAUAAUGGAUGUGACGAUGAUAAUAUCGCUUCUCCAACCUGCACCAGAAACAUUUGAGCUUUUUGAUGACAUCAUUUUGCUUUCUGAGGGACAAAUUGUCUACCAUGGUCCACGCGACAAUGUUGUUGAGUUUUUUGAGAGUGUGGGAUUUAAAUGCCCAGAAAGGAAAGGAGUUGCUGAUUUCCUACAAGAAGUCACUUCUCUGAAGGACCAAGAACAGUAUUGGUACAGAAAAAGUGAACCUUAUCAGUACGUCUCAGUCGCUGAAUUUGCAGACCGGUUUAGCAACUUUCAUGCUGGGCAUAAACUCUAUGAUGAGCUGUCAGUUCCUUAUGAAAGGAGUAAAACCCAUCCUGCAGCACUAGAAACUAAGAAGUAUGGUAUUUCCAAUAUGGAACUCUUCAAGGCAUGCUUAUCUAGGGAAUGGCUAUUGAUGAGAAGAAACUCUUUUUUGUACAUAUUCAAGACGUUCCAGAUCACUGUGAUGUCAAUAAUUACUUUCACAGUGUUCUUUAGGACAAAGAUGAAAUCUGGGACGGUACAAGAUGGAGGAAAGUUCUGCGGAGCACUUUUUUUCAGUCUCCUCAAUGUGAUGUUUAAUGGUGCAGUAGAGCUUGCACUGAUGGUUUCCAGACUUCCUGUGUUCUAUAAACAGAGAGAUUCUCUGUUCUACCCUGCUUGGGCUUUUGCUCUCCCAAUAUGGCUUACAAAAAUCCCCAUCUCAUUUAUGGAAUCACUCAUAUGGAUUGCUCUUACCUAUUACACUGUUGGUUUUGCUCCUGGUGCUAGUAGGUGUUUUCGCCAAUUCUUGGCCUUCUUCUCUUUGCACAACAUGGCCUUGUGCCUCUUUCGUUUCAUUGCUGCCCUUGGAAGAACACAAGUUGUUGCAACCACUUUUGGUACUUUUACUUUGCUGAUAGUAUUUGUGCUUGGUGGUUUUAUUGUUGCUAAAGAUGACCUUGAGCCAUGGAUGAAGUGGGGAUAUUACAUUUCUCCCAUGUCUUAUGGACAGAAUGCUAUAGCCAUCAAUGAAUUUCUUGAUAAAAGAUGGAGCUCUCCUAUUAAUGAUCCCAGGUUCAGUGGAAAUACAGUAGGCAUGGUUCUUCUCAAGUCAAGGGGCAUGUAUGUAAAUGAUUACAUGUACUGGAUAUGCAUUAUAGCCCUUUUAGGAUUCUCACUUCUCUUCAAUGUGUGCUUUGUCAUAGCCUUGACAUACCUAAACCCCUUUGGAGACCCUAAGUCUACUAUUGCUGGUGAGAAAAACAUCAAUGAUAAGAAGAAAGAAUCAAAUCCCUAUAGUAAAGCAGCAAUGGACCGGUGCUCACCAUCGACAGCAACGAUCUCUGCGAACCAAAGCUCAAGUGUUGAAAAAAAUGCGAGCAAGAACAAAGGGAUGGUGCUUCCUUUCCAACCUCUGUCUCUUGCAUUCAACCAUAUCUAUUACUCUGUUGAUAUGCCAGCUGAAAUGCAAAAACAAGGAAUCGAAGAGACACGACUCCAAUUGUUGAGAGAUGUCAGUGGUUCUUUCAGGCCCGGAGUAUUAACAGCCCUGGUUGGUGUGAGUGGAGCAGGGAAGACCACCUUGAUGGAUGUUUUAGCAGGACGGAAAACAGGCGGAUAUAUUGAGGGAAACAUUAGCAUUUCUGGUUACCCCAAGAACCAAUCAACUUUUGCUCGAAUAAGCGGUUAUUGUGAACAGAAUGAUAUUCAUUCCCCACAUGUUACAGUUUAUGAGUCUCUUGUAUACUCUGCAUGGUUGCGUCUUUCUUCCGAUGUGAAUGAGCAAAAAAGAAAGAUGUUCAUUGAGGAAGUGAUGGAGUUGGUUGAGUUGAGUCCCUUGAGAGAUUCUCUAGUAGGACUCCCGGGUAUAGAUGGUCUCUCAACAGAGCAGAGAAAGAGGUUGACAAUAGCAGUGGAACUUGUUGCUAACCCAUCCAUUAUCUUCAUGGAUGAACCCACAUCAGGUCUAGAUGCUAGAGCGGCUGCCAUUGUGAUGCGAACUGUGCGAAACACCGUGGAUACAGGACGGACCGUUGUCUGUACAAUUCACCAACCAAGCAUAGAUAUCUUUGAAGCAUUUGAUGAGCUAUUGCUGAUGAAGAGGGGAGGUCAAGUCAUCUACACUGGGCCACUUGGUCACCACUCACACUUGCUGAUACAAUACUUUGAAUCUAUACUAGGGGUUACUAAAAUCAAGGAAGGAUACAAUCCGGCUACCUGGAUGCUUGAGAUUAGUGCUCCUACCGUUGAGGCUCAACUUGACAUUGACUUUGCAGAUAUUUAUGCCAAUUCUGACCUCUACCGGAGGAAUGAAGAACUCAUUGAACAGUUGAGCACUCCAGGGCCUGCUUCCCAAGACCUUCACUUCCCCACAAAAUAUGCCCAGUCUUUCUUUACUCAGUGCAAAGCUUGUUUUUGGAAAAUGCACAUGUCCUACUGGAGGCAUCCACAGUACAACGCGAUCCGGUUUUUCAUGACAAUCAUAAUAGGAAUUAUAUUUGGAGUUAUUUUCUGGAAAAAGGGGAACAAAACGUCUAGACAACAAGAUCUUACAAAUCUCAUGGGAGCUAUGUAUGCUGCUGUUAUGUUUCUCGGAGGAACAAAUACUUCUGCUGUGCAGUCUGUUGUAUCAGUAGAAAGGACAGUCUUCUAUCGAGAAAAAGCAGCGGGGAUGUAUUCUGCAUUGCCUUAUGCAUUUGCUCAGGUUGCCAUUGAAGCUGUCUACAUUGCAAUACAAACCUUCAUUUACAGCCUUAUACUCUACUCAAUGAUCGGAUUCCACUGGGAAGCUCAACGUUUCUUUUGGUUCUACUACUACGUCUUCAUGAGCUUCAUAUACUUCACAAUGUAUGGAAUGAUGCUUGUUGCACUCACUCCAAACUACCAAAUCGCUGCCAUCGUCAUGUCAUUCUUCCUCACCUUUUGGAAUCUCUUCUCGGGAUUCCUCAUUCCAAGAACGCAAAUCCCGUUGUGGUGGAGGUGGUACUACUGGGGCUCCCCGGUUGCAUGGACAAUAUAUGGUCUAAUUACGUCUCAAGUAGGCGACAAAACAAGCAUGGUGGAGAUUCCUGGAGGUGUUGACAUGAGUGUGAAGGAUUAUCUCAAAGUUGGAUUUGGUUUUGAUUAUGACUUCCUUGGAGUUGUUGCUGCAGCUCAUGUUGGCUGGGCUCUUCUGUUCUGCUUUGUGUUUGCUUACGCCAUUAAGUUCUUUAAUUUCCAAAGGAGAUAGAAGUGAAGUUAAAGUACAUGACUUGGCUAGCAUUAGGGAUAAAAACUAUGAAGUGAAAGGAGAAUAUAGUUUGGUAUUUUUGUUGAGCUUUUUUUCUUUCUUCUUUUGGUUUUUUUAGUUAUGAGGAAAUAUGUAAAUAUUUAGAUAACAAUUAAUAAAAAUAACAUAUUAUAAGCACUGUUAUUACUCUUGUAUAAUUUUAUUCGUCAUAA